UGCGAUCGAACUUGUAAACAUUAGAAAAUGUGAACACAAGAUACAGCACAAGAUACAGAUAAAGCAAAGCGAAAAUCACAGAAUGGAAGGAUGGAGAGUUUACAGCUUGGUGAUCUUCAUCUUGUUCACCCUGAUCACACAAUCUGUCCAACAAGAUACUAUGAAACUUGAUAACAAGCCCAUAGUAUUCACGUUGUUUGAAGGGCAGAAAACUCCGUUAAGAUUCGACGAGAAUCAACUAAUCUGCAUCGAUGCCGGUGAAAACGCAACAGGACCAAUUGUACGUUCCAAAGUCAACUACGUCAGCACAGAUCCAACCACAAACUGUGCCAACUGCUUCAAUGUUUGGCCGGACUCUGGACAAUAUUUCCUACGCUACGUCCCCGGUUCUCAGAAGUUGGACUAUGACGUGGAAAACACCUAUACUAUUAACGUCCAAUGUGAAGAUGCCAAUGGAAUCACUUCCGAAGACUCUGUAGAGGUCAGAGUACUACCAAAUGCAAGACCUACUUUUGGAAACCUUCCUCGAUCACGAAUUGUCAAGCAAGCAAUAAAUUUGGGACCAGGUGCACUCAUCCACGAGGUUCUGGCUUCAGACUCCGAGAACGAUAAUCUGGAGUACCAGCUUGAUACCUUGCCUACAUCCUCUAAUUUCGCCAUCCGCAGGAAUGGAGAAAAGAAUGGAGAAAUCUACACAGUGAAUGGGUUCGAAGGACUAUGUUCUGGACCCUCCAGCUUCGAAUUUCUAGUUAGGGUUAAAGACGCCUUCCAUGAGUUCUCAGAUCCUGAAUCCAUAAUCCUGAACAUUGAAUACCCAUCACCACCAUCAAUCGGCAACGCAAACAGAGAGGUCAUCAUUGAAGAGAACGUGGAGAAGAAUAUCCAUAUCUUCAAUGGAGUGUCAGGAACUAUAUCGAUAGACUCUGUCCAGCCUAGCAUCAUGAGGAACAAAGUCAAAAUGUUUGGUGGUAACAUACUAAAGGUGAACGAACAGUUUGAUUUUGAAGAAUUCAACACCGCCAAUGUUACGCUGCAGGUGAAAAGUGGUACUUGUGAAGCGAAAUUCUGGUUACUGAUUCGAGUUCAAAACAUGAAUGAUCUUCCAGUUUUGACCCCAGAAACCAUCAGCGCAUUCGUGUCCGAGGGUCAGAUUUCAUACGAUCCAUCUUUUAAAGUCACCGACCAGGAUUUUUCCGACACCAAAGUCUUCACCAUAGAACGUGCUAUAUCAGGAACGCGAGAUCUUACCAGUGAUUUCCAGAUAGACAAAAAUGGCGUCAUCACCUCCAACUUUGACUUCGAUCUUGAUUCAAGGGGUUCCGAAAAGGAGACAAUCCUGUUUACGAUCAGAGCUACAGAUAAAGAUGGUGGCUUUGACGAAAGCGACGUGACCCUGAUCGUGGAAAACGUCAACGACAAUCCUCCUGUCAUAACGACCUCCUCCAUAAAGAUCGAAAACAUUAUGGACUGUGAUCCAGUUCAGGAGAUAGCUACCAUCAGCGCUGUUGAUGAAGACACAGGUGACAAUGGAAAGGUUCAAUUCAAGGGAAGUGGUUCUGGAAUUCUUUCCGUCAACGCAGACGGAGCUGUAUUUCUGACGUCCCAAGUUACAGCUGGUACCAUCUACGAACUGAACGUCGUAGCUGAAGAUCUAGGUAACCCGUCUCUAGCCAGUGUAAAGCCCGUCACCAUUACCGUUAUCGGACAAGCUUGUACCACCUUACCACCGCCGACAACCGUCGUAAUUGUAACUGUCGACAACAACAACAAUAACAACAAUAAUAACGAUAAUAACAACGAUAAUAAUAAUAAUAACGGUAAUAAUAACGGUAAUAAUGAUAAUAAUAAUAACGCAGCGACGACAGGUCAGACUAACAAUUCAACUAGCCUAUUCGACGAUGACACCAACCUCAUCUGGAUCAUCUUUCUGGGUUUGCUUGGCCUAUUGCUGUUGGCCCUGUUAGCUUGGUUAUUAUGGAGGUUCUGCUUCCCACGUUGCUGUCCAGGGUUCUGUGGUUCACGAGAUCCCAAUGCUCUGGGUAGAAAUACAGGAAGCACCGGAUGCUGCGGAAGAGCGAACAAACCUGUGGGACCGACGCAUCAAGAACAUUAUCCCGAGGGCAAGGUGAAAGAUUUCUGGCAAGAACAUUAUCAAGAAAUGGAUUAUAAUGAUACCUCCCAUAGAACUAAAGUUCCUCACAGUGGAUACCACGAGGACGGUUAUCUCAACCCAAGAUAAGAUCAUAGCCACUAAGAUCUUGAAGAUCCACAAGGAAGUUUUCAUAAUAGCACAAUAAUCGGACUUGUUCGCAAGACAGUACAUCGUGUUUUAUCACUGUGUGCCAAAUAUUUUUUCUGUAUAUAUGUUUACAAGCAAGAAAAUCUUUGUCGAAGACCCACGAAGAAGUUUAUUUUCAAACUAUAACUAUGGACUAUUUUUUAAGACAAUAUGUGAUGUUUUAUUUUGUGCCAAAUUGUUUUUCUUUUGUGUGUAUAAAUUCUUUAUAAACUGUUCGCUGAUAUCUUCGUUCAAUUAACUCUUGGUGCUUGUACUCUAUGUUCGGUGGUGUUGUAGGUACCGUCACUAUAAUCUACAAUAAAACCAACAUGCUCUGGUUAUUAUUAGGCUCUCAUUCAUAUUGGUUUAGCCUAAGACAAAUAACACUAUAAUCCUACUAAUACCCUGUCAAUAGGCACAGGUUUUCAGAAAAAAGUAAAGACGUUUAAGAUGUAAA